AUGGAAUAUUUAUUACUGCAACACGGAUGUUAUGAUUUAAAGCCGUUUAAUGUUUUACAUUAUAAUGUGUGCUCUGCUCAUCCUCAGCCAUUAGACAAUCGUAAUUUUAGUGUUUGUUCAGUUUGUCAACCCUGUUUUGAUCGCCAACAAAGAGGCAGAAGUAGAAUUCGAUCCAUUGGCAAAUUAGAUGGAUUAACUAUAUGGAAAAUGAAAAAAAUCUCAAUGUUUGGUAAGCCAAUUUGUGAAACUUGUAGACAAGAAUUGAGAAAACAUCACGUGACACCUGAAAUUAAACAAGAAUCAAGAGAAUUAUUCCAGUGGCUCUACGAUGAGAAUAUUGUGCAUACACCCACAACUAUAUCAUCAUCACAGUCCAAUCAAUAUGAGCAAAUUAAAACAAUUUUUAGUCAGUUAGCAAGAGAAAAUCAACAAACUUUGAGAGAUUCCUUACGAAGUAUGAAUUAUCAACAAGAAAUACCAACAACAUUUUCAUAUAAUGGCCGUACUUUUAAAAGUAAAAAGAACUUCUGUCAUUCAGCAACAAAAAUUCUACAGUUUAUUCUACAAACCUUAGCUCCAAAUGAUUCUGCUCAAAUAUGGGAAGAUAUAAUUGAAAGUUCAUAUCGUUCAGGUAACGGAACUAAUAUUAAUAUGGACAGAAAUUUUGAAAUUAUAAUGCAAGGAUUAGCAGAAUCAUAUCAAAAUUGUGAACACUGGUCAACAAAACGUCAAAUACUUUCUACCUUUGCUAAAGAUGUUCCUCUUUCCAUUAUACAAAAAUUUAUUCCAGAUCUUACUCCUUAUCGUUUCACAAAAGCUGGUGAACAAGCAGAUUAUUUUGGAAAAGGAACAGUUGUCGAUACAAGUCGACAGCCAACAGUACGUUACACCGAUGAGCAGGUGGCACAUUUUGUUCAAUUUAUCAGUUCUCCACAUGUGUCAACCGAUUUGCCAUUCGGUCAAAAAACAUUAAAAUUGUCAACUGGUGAAGAAAUAAGUAUUUCAAAUGUUAUUAGAAAUAUGAUUCCAUCUAGAAUAAUUGAUCAAUAUCUGUCUUAUUGUUUGGAAAUGUCGCCAGGCUUUCAACCUGUAAAAAAGAGUUCCUUAUAUUCUAUAUUACACGAAUGUGCAGAAUCUACUCGAACUUCACUACAAGGUCUUGAUUAUUUUACUGCAGAUGGUUCUUCUUCAUUCGACAUAUUAAUUACAAUUGUUGAUGACCUGCAACGUUUAGGACUGUCAACUUCGGAUGCAACUUCUAUUAAGAAAAAUUUACAAGCCAGCAAGAAUUAUCUGAAAACAGAUUAUAAAACUCAUGUUCAACGUCACUCUAGCAUUUCUGAUCACUGUUCAACAUUUGCUUUAUCGGAUACGAGUGAAAAAUCGUGGAGAGAAGAAUGUGAUCAUGACCAUGACGAUGUUUGUGAUAGAUGUGAAUUAUUGAAAGAAACAAUACAAUCUAUCGAAUGUGGCAUCAACAAAUUGAAUGAAACAAAAAUUCGUGAACGACUUUUACAUCGAUUGAAUCAUCACGCCAGAUGUAUUAAUGCAUGGAAAGCUCAUCAGUUAAGACUGGUCCAUCAAGACUAUGCCAGAACUGUAUUAUUGCAACAAAUGGAAGGUAAUACUAUUUUCGUAUACAUUGACUGGGCGAUGAAAUGGUUGCCAACUGCAUACCGUGAAGCACAACGAGAUUUCUUUGCUAAACGAGGACUCUCUUGGCAUGUGGCAUACAUUAUACGUAAAGUGUCAACCAACGAUCGAUCGACAUCCUCAGCUUCUCAACAAACAACUGCUGGUGAAGCAGCAUCCGUUUAUCAACACAAAACAUUCGUACACAUUUUUGAUCAAUGUAUCCAAAAUGGAAAGACUGUUAUUAGUGUUCUUCAACAUAUUUUUCUACAAAUAAAACAAGAAUUUCCUCAAAUAAAAUAUGCACACAUUCGAGCAGAUAACGCUGGCUGCUAUCAUGGGUCGGAAACAUUAUUGGCUAUGUCAAAAUUAGCACAAGAUACUGGUGUUUGGAUAAAAAGCGUUGAUUUUUGUGACCCACAAGGUGGCAAAGGACCAUGUGAUCGAAUGGCUGCUGUUAUAAAAUGUAUUAUUCGUGCUUAUAUCAAUCAGAAAAAUGAUGUGACAAAUGCCAUGCAAUUCUGUGAAGCAGGAUCAUUAGCACGUGGAGUAGAAUUUCAUGCCUGUACAAUUGAUCAAGUGAAUAAUGAUAAAAUUGAAUGGAAGGGAAUUAGUAACUAUUUUAACAUUGAAUAUAACAAGGAAGAAAUUCGUACAUGGCGUUCAUAUCAAAUAGGGAAAGGAAAGACUUUCAAAUGGUCUCAAGUCCCACUCGUUAAAUCAAUUAAUGUAUUAAACUGUAUUUAUUCACCAAAGAAGAAAAUCGAGUGGAUUACUGAGUGGAUUAAAAAAGGUCUUGAAAGUGAUUCUCAACCAGAAAGUGAAAAUGAAGAAGAGAACGAUGAUACUAUAGUCGAAGAAGAAAAUGAUAUGAUAGAAAUGCCUCGAAUAUUUGAUUGUCCAGAAAAUGAUUGUAUUCGCCAAUAUCGAAAGUACGGUCAUUUAUUGAAUCACAUUGCUUCUGGACGUCAUCAACGAAAACCACAUAGAAUGUCAUUAAUUGAUCGAAGUAAACUAUUAUACCAACAGAAUUUAGAAGCCGUUCAUGACCAGCCAUUGCCCUCCUUACCAUUUCAAGUCGUUGAUUCAACAAUGAAGAAGUCUUCAAUUCCAUCUCUCAAGCAAAACUGGCCAGCUUUAAUCAAAAAGCCAGCAACUCCAUUUACAAAUAAACAAAAGGAAUAUCUAACAAACAAAUUUGAAGAAGGAAUUAGUGGUAUGAAAUGGGAUCCGAAAAGUGCGGCAAUUGAAAUGCAAGUUAGAACAGAAAACGAUGGAUUUUUUGGACGCCUUGCUGCCUCUAGAAAAAGACAACAAUCAUCAGCAUCACAAUCACAAGCUCUCACUAAGUCUAAACUUCGUUCGACAGAUAAAGAUGAUCUGGACGAUGACGAAGAAGAAUUAGAACAAGAUUCUAUUGUAAUUAGUGAAGUUAUUUCAAGACUAACACGUUCACAAAUUUCAAAAACCAAGGGGCAACAACAAACAAGUACAACUGCUUCCACAACAAACAAACCAUUGAAGAACAAAGACAUUUCUAGUGACAAUUUGCAACAACCUCCAAAAAGACGUUCUAAAUGA